CUGUUGACCUUGUGCAUAGGCAGCAGCUUUUGCCAGAGGGGAACUGGAAUCCCCUGGUUGGGCCUGGGUUCUCCUGAGGUUUUUUUUCUCGAUUGGAGUUUUGGGUUCCUCGCCCCCGUUUGCAUACUGUUUUGCACUAUUUGCCUGGCCGGGGGGCUGCUUUAGAAUUCAGAAGUUUUACAUAAUUAUUAUUGCAUAUGGGAAUUUAUAGUCUGUUUAAUAUUUGACCUGUGGUUCUCUCUCAUUUAUGUCAAAUGUGUGCUUUUACUGUGCGUGUGUGUUUGCGUGUGUGCGUCUAUGUCAAUGUGUGUAAGUAUGUAUGCAUAUUGUGUGUGUGGAGCAUUUGUAUGUCUGUCUUUUGUGUUUUCAAAUUUUUCUUGUUUUUACAGGUAUAUGACCUUAGUUGUUUUUCUUAUAGUCAAUGUGUCUCAUGUACAGCUUCUUUGUAACAAUUAAAAUUGUAAAAAGCGCUCUGUAAAUAAAGUUGAGUUGAAUUGUUUGCGUAGGCGUUGCAGCAAGCUUCUUUUUUUGGACUGCAUUCGCAAACCAAGAUAGAGAAGAAUACCAGUGGCUGCCAUCUCAGUUCAGCGGAUGUGUAUUUGCAGUGCGGGAACAUAAGAUCAGAUUCAUAUCCGUUCAGCUCAAACGCAUUCAUGUGGCCAAGUGUAAAUAGAUACGUUGUAACAAAUCGGAUAGCUAUCCGAUCAGAGAAUACGCAUGAAAUGACCAGGAGUAAGUAGCCUAAAGUCAGGCGGAUAUGCGCCAACUGUGUAGCGAGACUCACGCGACGAAAGUUACACAUUUGUUGGAAUCUCAAUGGUGAGCUGGCUGUCAGCGCACUGUCAUUUCAGCGCACUGUCAUUUGCGCACUUUUUUGGGCUUAUAUGUGUUACCUGGGAAUCGACCCACAAACUUUUGCGCUUUUUGCUUUUCCAUGCAUAUUUUUUGUUGUUUAUUUGAAUGAUACUCGUAUUCCAAUUAUUUUUGCAAAAUAAUUGAAUAUAAAAAGAUGAAACAUUUAGUGUUCAAUCUAUAUUGCUCUAUCAACAUCACUUUUUAUCACAUUACAGUAGUUUUUCAAGUCUGUCAGUGUCUUACAUUUUUUCCACAUAUGAGAAAACUUUAAUUUUGUAUGAUUUGUCAAUUCAUGAAGGCUGGUUUACAAAAAGGGAAGUUAAACGCCUCAAAAGACUAUAUAACACACAGUUAUAUUUAGCCCAACACAUUGUUUUGGGAAGCUCUCAUCAUGUACCUGCUAGUAAUGUACAUCUCUCUUCUGCUGAGCAUCGUUCCAGCUCAGAGUCGUUCUGUUGCGAAUUACUUCAGCAGGAUCUCUGAAGAGACUGAUGCCAGCACUGAACAAGAUGAUGAUCCAAUGUCAAGAAUAAUGGAGGAUAACAAACAUUCUGAACAAGGACCGGAGGAUCCUGUGAUCAUGUUUGGAGACAUUGCUGUAGCAACAGGGUUACAGAAUGCAGAUCCAUGCACAGCUAAGGGGUGCAAAUGGGAUAGAAGCAGAGACGGAAAAGUCUAUGUGCCCUACGUCAUCUCCAACCAGUACUCUCCGAAAGAAAAAGAGGUGAUUAAAACAGGCCUGAAAUCUUUCAAGAAUUCAACCUGCAUUCGAUUCGUUCCUCACAAUGCACAAAGGCACUUCAUCGACAUAAAGUCUGUUAGUGGCUGCUAUUCAUAUUUGGGACGUCAAGGUGGAGGCCAGGUAGUGUCUCUGGAACGCCCUGGGUGUAUUAGUCACAAAACUGUUCAGCAUGAGCUGCUUCAUGCUCUCGGGUUCCAUCACGAGCAGAACCGCAGUGACCGUGACAAACAUGUUAAAAUUAUUUCUAAAAACAUAAAACCUGGAAAGGAGCGCAAUUUUAAAAAAGUUCCCACCAACAAUCUGGCAACUCCCUAUGACUACAACUCUGUGAUGCACUAUCGAAGAUAUGCUUUCUCUGUGAACCAUAAGCCAACCAUCAUUCCCAUUCCAAACUCCAAUGCUGUAAUUGGUAAAGCUAGGAAAAUGAGCCGCAAUGACAUCCUAAGGGUUAAGAGGCUCUACUGCGCGUGUGAGUGAUGCUGGUCUACACGAAGAGGAUGUCUGGAGACCUGAUUUGAAAACCUGUUUCCUUUGUAUACUGUAAUACAAUGUCAAAAUUAUGUUGCAUCCUCUAUUUUAUAAAAAGUCUAGUGCUCGGUUUUUUUAUAUAGCGCUGGAGCACAUCCUACUUAUAACCAAAUGUCUGUGUGCAAUGAUUAAAAAACAAUGCAAGUUUA